GCAACAAUCCUCUCUCCCAACUUGAUCCGAAAAGGAGCCCAUGAGAGAAGAACAACCCCAGCAGCCUGAUCCUGAGGAACGUGUUUUACAGCUGUCGGGCUGUGGUAGAACUUCGGCUGUGACCUUGGAGAGGACGCCAGAGGGGAGUUACCUGAAGCAUUCACAGUUCCCUGCUCAGAGCUAGCCAUGACAAAGACUUCUACCUGCAUAUACCACUCCCUGGUUAUGAGCUGGUAUAUUUUCCUCAAUUAUUACAUCUCCCAAUCAGGAGGGGAACGGCAGAAAUCCAAACUAUUCCAAAAUGGCGGACAGUGGAAGUACUUGACAUUGCUUAAUCUGCUCUUACAGGCUGUUUUCUAUGGGGUCACCUGCUUGGAUGAUGUGCUGAAAAGAGUUACAAGAAAAAAAGACGUUAAGUUCAUAACUGCCUUCAGAGACCUGCUUUUCACCACACUGGCUUUUCCUAUAUCCACAUUUGUCUUUUUAUCCUUCUGGGCACUCUACCUGUAUGACCGAGAACUCGUUUACCCAAAGAUCCUAGAUGGCAUCUUUCCAGGAUGGCUGAAUCACGCGAUGCACACUUCCAUAUGGCCCCUGUCCCUGGUCGAGUUCUUCCUCAGACCACAUCACUAUCUAUCAAAAACGAAAGGACUCACCUUAUUGGCUGUAUCUAGUCUUGCUUAUAUUGGCAGGGUCCUGUGGAUCUACUCUGAGACUGGUACGUGGGUGUAUCCUGUGUUUGCCAAACUCAGCCCAGUGGGUCUAGCAGUCUUCUUCUCUCUCAGCUACAUCCUCACUGCCAGCAUCUACCUACUUGGCGAGAAGCUCAACCACUUGAAAUGGGGUGACAUAAUGCAGACGCGGAGGCAGAAGCAGAAGUGAUUGCACAUUGUUUUCCAAAGACCAAGGAAGAAGAAAAUGCCAGAAUUAGCCUUUUUUUUUUUUUUUUUUCCCUCUUUCUGGUUGGGGGAGCAACAGAGAAAGAUAGAACGGACAGGAAGUGAUAUUUAAGUUUAAUAAGAGGGUGAU